UCUCACGAGAAAUUCCAAUCCGAUAGAUGGCAGUAAAACAGUUGAAAUGGUUGGCAGAUGGUUUGAAAUGCAUUACAUCCGGGUCAUCUGAGCCCGUCUAUUAGAAAUGAUUUGGUGUCAACAGUGAACGGUAGUAAGAGUAGGUACAUGAAACACAGAUGCCUGAUAGAAUGUUUUAAAUUAUAUGUGGUUCAGGUAGGCUACGAACAGAACCUCAACCACCGAAAGGAACGGGCAGCUUUCUGCUUGUGUCUCGUCCGUAUUUGAUCAACUAUAGCACUGUUAAUGUUGAAAUGACAAGACACUGUCACUUGGCUAGUUAGCUGAGUAGCUAGCCAGCAACAUUUCCACGGCUCACAUGACUUCAGGAAUUGAACAGAUAAAGUUAGAGUGUAAAUCCGUGAAUCAUUCUAUGUUCAACGUUCGAUAUUACAUAUAUACCCACGAGCUGGUGCAUUAGGGGUGUGUGACGUUGCACACGCUAGUUAGCGAGCUAGCUGCAGACUGUUAACAGCUGGGUAGCUAACGUUAACGUCUUCAAAAGCCCCUAACCUAAUACAUUGCACCUUGAUAAGCAAGUGUUACGCCAGUGGUCCUCUCUACAGAAAUGGACCCCUUGACUACUUUGUCAAAUUUUGAAUCAGAGAUGGAACCUGACAGUCAGAGCAGUUAUUCAUUAUUCCCUGCCCUAGACAGUAUGACCGGUCUAGUGGGGACUUCGGACACUCUCGAAUCGGAACAAACCAGUGAUGUUGUUGACAAACCCAAUCUUACCUGGCUGGAUGCUGCACAGAUUGUGCUGGAAGAGGCCGGACGUCCAAUGCACAUCAAAGAGAUAAAACAAAGAAUCAUUGAUCGGGGACUGGUACAGUCUAAUGCUAAGUCAAGCCUGGAAGCAGUAAUGUACCGAGAGACUCAGAAAGGGAGCAGGCGCUUCAAGAGGAUUGAGAACAAGAAUGGAGUCUUUGCGCUGUUGACAGAUGACGAGCGGCAGCAGGCACUGCAAGUGGCCUUCUCCAGCGCUAGCUCUGGGGGUCCCUCCCUGCCCUCCCCCCUACCAGGGGCCCCAGAGGUGCGGCCCAAGGCCAAGAAGAACCCCCGUAAGAACCAGAUCGAGAAGUACCGUCUCAAGUACCUGAGACUGCGCAAGGCUGCACGCACCAUGAUCUUUGAGAAUGCCGCUCUGUGUGAUGAGGUUGCACAUCUGGAGGAGAAGUUUGUGCGUGCAAAAGAGGAGCGGAGGUUUCUGCUGAAGACACUGCUGCAGUACCAGUCGGUGUCAGACAGCGAGUUUCCCAGCGGGCCGAGCGGGAGCACGCACACGCCAGCGGGCUUCGGCUCCAGCGGGGGCGGGACGAGUGGCGCCCCCGGAGGUCACAGUGUGGGUCCUGGGGCCUCGCCCGCUGAGGAAGGGGCCCCAAAAAAGCCCAAGAAAGAGCGCAAGGAACGAGGGAGGGAGAACGGAAGAGAGGAAGUUCCCAGGAAGAUGUCCAAGAAGCGGAAGGUGGCAGAGAGCGGGGUGCGGAGGCUGGUCCAGCCAAUCCCACUGGAUUCCACUGGACGGCCUGUCUUCCCCAUCGUGCUGGGUGGCCUGACUGUCUACAGCCUAGGAGAGAUUAUCACAGACCGUGUUCACUUUCAUGACGAGAGCGCUAUCUAUCCAGUGGGCUUCUGCAGCACGCGUGUGUUUGCCAGCAUGAAGUGUGCAGACCAGCAGUGUCUCUACACAUGCCAGAUCAAAGAUGGAGGGACUGGCCCUCAGUUGGAGAUUGUUCCGGAAGAUGACCCCCAGAAUGCCAUAGUGGCCUCCUCUGCCCUCGCCUGUCACACCAACCUGCUGAAGGCCAUCACGGCCAUACGGGGUAAGCCUCUGGCCCCUAUAGUGCCCUCAGGAGCAGACUUCUUUGGCUACUCUCACCCUACCAUCCAGAACCUCAUCCAGAGCUGCCCUGGAGCACGCAAGUGUAGCAACUACCGCUGGGUGCGGUUUGAGGUGUGUCGUCCAGGCGACGGGCAGAUGCCGCACACGCUCUCUGAGGACGACGCGUCAGUGAACUUUGAGGCAUUUCAGCGGCAGCAGCAGCAGCAAGGCUUCAAUGGCGGUACGUCGCCAGAGCGACCAGCCAGUACCAUCUCCGGUCGGCCCCCACAGGCCCCUGGCUCUUCUCAUCACCAUCUCCUGAGUACUGGCACUUUGCCAUCAGCAGUCACCUCUUCACAGUUCGGCACGUAACAUCACGCCAUAUGAAAUCCAGGGCCAAAGCCAGCCUACAUAGGAGGGAUGAGUCAUUCCCUGUUUUCCACAACAGAGCAUUUUUAUUCUUUGGAAUUAGGGCUGUGUGCCAUUCCAAAGGCACAUUUAAUUCUUCUCACAUGUCCUCAGACCCAUGUGAGGGGGACCAUUUUCUACAACCAGAACACCAGAGCCACCCAUCCCCAUUCUGACUAUUUAAAAUGUUUUCCAGAAAUCAUAAGAGUCCGUGAGUUCAAGAUUGUUAUCAGUCACUUCCAUUGUUGGCAGCAGAAAGCUCUUAUAACUGGGAAACUGUUGAUGGGCCAUGACACAGCAUUGUAGACAUUCGGGGGAUGGAUUGCUUUCAUACAAUCAAUGGUUCCACCUUCAGGCACUGUGUGGGAAUAGCCCUUGAGCUUUACUUUAACAUGGAAAUGAAUGUGAGAAAAAUGUGUGUGUGUUUAAUAAAACAUGUUUUAUAGACA